AUGGCAGCAGAUGACAAACAGUCUCCGACACUGGACUCUACCAGUGAUCUACCUCGUUCUCCUAGCAGUCCAUCUCAUCUCACUCACUUCAAACCCCUGACUCCUGACCAGGAUGAACCUCCUUUUAAAUCAGCCUACAGCUCUUUUGUAAAUCUCUUCCGUUUCAGCAAAGAGAGAGCAGAGGCAGCACAGAGUGAUCCACAAGCAUUGAGUGGUGGCUGGUCCAGUCCUCAGCAUCCCACGAGGGCUCAGUCUCUGAGGUCACCAGCUCCUUACAAAAAACAACUGACUGGUGAGCUGCAAAGAAGAUCUUCUGCAAGCCUGGACAAUCGAAGGAAAGUAGAACCACCUCUUGGAGGUCAUGAUCCUCGAACAGCUGUUCAGUUAAGAAGCCUCAGCACUGUUUUAAAGCGCCUCAAAGAAAUCAUGGAGGGGAAGAGCCAGGACAGUGACUUGAAGCAGUACUGGAUGCCUGACAGCCAGUGCAAAGAAUGCUAUGACUGCAGUGAGAAAUUCACCACCUUCCGGCGGAGGCACCACUGUCGACUUUGUGGGCAGAUAUUCUGUAGUCGAUGUUGUAAUCAGGAAAUCCCUGGAAAAUUCAUGGGUUACACAGGGGAUCUCCGAGCCUGCACUUACUGCCGCAAAAUAGCCUUAAGCUAUGCACACUCCACAGACAGUAACUCCAUUGGAGAAGACUUAAAUGCUCUGUCAGAUUCUGCAUGUUCUGUAUCAGUGCUGGAUCCUGGGGAGCCACGCACACCAGUUGGGAGCCGUAAAGCUAGCCGCAACAUCUUCCUGGAGGAGGAUCUGACCUGGCAAAGUUUGAUUCACCCAGACUCUUCAACUACUACAUUGUCUGCACGCCUUGGGUCUGUCCAGGAGGAUGCAGGGAAGUCACCAGCUAGGAACAGAUCAGCCAGCAUCACUAACCUGUCACUGGAUCGGUCAGGUUCACCAAUGGUGCCUGCCUAUGAGACAUCCAUCAGCCCCCAGGCCAGUCGUACACAUAUGAAGGCAGAGACCAGUGAGGAUGAGCGCAAAAUCCUUCUGGACUCAGUCCAGCUGAAAGAUCUGUGGAAGAAAAUCUGUCACCACAACAGUGGGAUGGAGUUUCAAGACCACCGCUAUUGGCUGCGGACGCAUCCCAACUGCAUUGUGGGAAAAGAGCUGGUCAACUGGCUCAUCAGAAAUGGGCACAUAACCACAAGGGUCCAAGCCAUUGCAAUAGGACAAGCGUUGGUUGAUGGACGGUGGCUAGAAUGUGUCAGUCAUCAUGAUCAGCUCUUCAGAGAUGAGUAUGCUCUCUACAGACCUUUACAG